ACUCAAAAGCCGGCAAUAAAUUUUCAAAAUUAAUAAUAAACAAGCAAACCAUGACUGAUAUGCUCAAUGUAACAUGAAAACAAAAAAAUGUCACGUUGAACCAACCCCUGAACCUCCCCCGCCUGAUCCGUGCAAAAUACAAAAGCGCAAACAGCUCGAGAAGGCUGGAGUGAAGAUCUGUGAGAAACCACCCAUCCCGCAGCCGCCUCCGCCGCCGGAGUGCACGGCCAUCUGCAUAGAAAAGGUAAAGAACCCUCCACUUGCAAUAAGAAGUCACGACUUGCCGGUAGUGUGCGAGGUCGAGCGCCAAACGACGGGAACCGCCAGGUGUGACGACAUCGAGGCCGUGGUCGCAGCGCACCCUGACCUGCCCUGGCCCGGCUGCCCGCCCACGCCCACCAUACCACCACCGCCCACGCCUGAUCCCUGCGAGGAGCAAGCCAAGAGAUACAAGCUAGAAGAGUGUAGAGAAAGAAUGAAAAGAUAUCGAGAAUAAAAUGGACCCCUGU